CCUUGGUGGGAUGGAGAUGCAGGUGAAUGUUGGACUCUGUGUCCGCGGGGCGUUGGGAUCUGACUCCGCUGCACGGGCAGAGCGGCUCGGCCUGUCACCCACUACUGCGUCCGCUCGAGUGCCUCGGCUCGGAUGGAGGCAGCCAGCCUGGAGGGCCGCGGAGCUGCUCCCUGCGACCCCCGGCAAGAAGACAUCGCUGUGGGAUCAGGAAGGGUAGGAGAUGAUGAGAAACAAAUGAUGGUAGGAAGCAGCAGUGAAUGUAAUUCUGGGCCACAAGAAUCCACUGCUUCUGCCCAGUCUGGUGGCAUGCCAGUAACAGAAUGCCACAGGCCUGUCCCCUGUGGGUGGGAAAGAAUCGUGAAGCAAAGGUUAUCUGGGAAGACAGCAGGAAGAUACGAUGUAUAUUUGAUCAGCCCCCAAGGACUCAAGUUCAGAUCAAAAAGUUCACUUGCUAAUUAUCUUCUCAAAAAUGGAGAGACUUAUCUUAAGCCAGAAGAUUUUGAUUUCACUGUACCUUCUAAAAAGGGCCUCAAGCCAGAACAUAAGCACUGCAGCAGGGCAGCUCUGUCAUCACCCCAACCCCAGGGGGAAAGUGGUAACUCAAGCCAGAACCUCAAGACACCAAGGAAAUGGGAAAAGGACGUGUGUCCUCUGCCAAGUGGUACUUCUGAGUCGCAGGCAAGCAAAGAGCUGUCUGAUGUGAGCUCCACCCACUUGCUUUUGAAAGAAGUGAUUGCUAACGAUGCUGACUCCAAGAAGGGCAGAAAAUCCAAAAGAAAGCCAACAGAUUUGAAUGGAAUUAAGACUGAGAAAUCUAAUGCCGGAUGCCAGAAGUGUCUUCCAGAUACCAUUCGGAGAACCAGAAAGAGAAAAGCUGUGUAUAGUCAAGCAGACACUGGAGCUGAAGCCCGUGUAGAAGGAAGCCACCUUGCCAGAACCUCCUGCAUUCCCGAUGCCAGUGAGAGCAACGAGGCCCCUGCUGUGACCAGUAAAGAGAAGAAACUGGAAAAACAAAACCCUUUGAGUUCAGGGCCAAAUUUUCCUUGUGAACAAAUAGCUUCUGACACCUCAGACAAAUUGUGCCCAACCGAAGAAGCAGAGCGCAGCAAGCAUGACGGCCCCUUUAUAGACUCAAUGGAAAGGAGGACAGAAGUAGAAGUCCCGGAAAGGAAGGAAGAUUUGCAUAUUGACAAUUUAAAGUGUGGCUCUGAAGUGAAUGGCAGCUGCCCGCAAACUGAAAAAGAAUUUCCUCCUGUGAAACUGUCUCAAGAAAGCAACUUCCCCCGGAUGCACAGAGAAAAGAGGAAAACAAGCCUGUAUUUCUCCAACAAAUACAACAGAGAAGCCCUUAGCCCACCACGUCGCAAGGCCUUCAAGAAGUGGACACCUCCCCGCUCACCCUUCAAUCUCAUCCAAGAGACGCUCUUUCACGACCCGUGGAAGCUCCUCAUCGCGACCAUAUUUCUCAACCGGACUUCGGGAAAAAUGGCGAUCCCAGUACUUUGGGAGUUUCUGGAGAAAUACCCUUCAGCUGAGGUUGCACGAGCUGCAGACUGGAGAGAUGUGUCAGAGCUCCUUAAACCUCUCGGUCUGUAUGAUCUCCGAGCAAAGACAAUCAUCAAGUUUUCAGAUGAAUACCUGACAAAGCAGUGGCGAUACCCCAUUGAGCUUCACGGCAUUGGCAAGUAUGGCAACGACUCCUACCGGAUUUUUUGUGUCAAUGAGUGGAAGCAGGGGCUCUGUCUCCUCACAGGGGCUCUGUCUCCUGAAGUGCUGUGUCUCCUCCAGGUGCACCCUGAAGACCACAAGCUCAAUAAGUAUCACGACUGGCUUUGGGAGAACCAUGAGAAGUUAAGCCUAUCUUGAAACGCUGAAGCUCCCAAGCUUGCUUUCUAUCCAGCGCUUUGCACUUUGAAGAGUCCACUGAGCACAGCUGCCUUUCAGAUGUCUAGAUCUUAGUCAGCCCCACCAGAAGCCUAACCGCGUCUCCUUCUCAUGCUGCCGUUGACAGAGCUCUGCCGCUGAGUGGGCGUGAUGCUGUUUUGAGAUUUUUCAAAAUAAACUGUUGAUUGACAGUAAUCCUAAAAA